UCAGUGUUCCUGGUAGCCGCCACCUUACGUCCAGAGACAAUGUUCGGUCAGACCAACUGCUGGGUCCAUCCUGAUCUGGAUUAUGUGGCCUACGAAUUGACUUCUGGGGAAAUAUUCAUUAGUACUCGGCGCUCGGCCCUUAAUAUGUCGUGUCAGGGUUUUACAAAGGAUUUUGGGAAGGUUGAGCCAGUACUGACACUAAAGGGAAAGGAUAUAUUAGGAUUAUCAUUGAAGGCUCCAUUGACCUCAUAUGAUGUCAUAUAUACACUGCCAAUGCUCACUAUAAAGGAAGAUAAAGGUACUGGUGUAGUUACUUCAGUUCCAUCAGAUGCUCCUGAUGAUUAUGCUGCUUUGAGAGACCUCAAGAAAAAGAAAGCAUUUAGGGAGAAGUAUGGCAUUAAAGAUGAAAUGGUCCUACCUUUUGAUCCUGUUCCAAUCAUCCACAUACCUGGUUUGGGUGACAUGGCUGCAGAGGUUGCUUGUGACCAGAUGAAGGUUCAGUCGCAGAAUGAUCGAGUGCAGCUUGAUAAAGCAAAAGAAAUGACUUACCUUAAAGGAUUCUAUGAAGGA